AUGGAAAACCCCGCCGCGCACUUGCGGCUGCUAAAAAUCAACCACGGAGCUGUCCGCAGGCUCUUCAAGGAGCUAACCUACUACGAGAAGGAGGAGGACGAACUGCGUACCAAAGUGAAUUCCCUCAAGGACCAAAAGAAGCCCGCCGAAGAAAUCACCCGCGCACAGGAAAUGCUAAAGGAGACAGAGAGAGUUGUACCCCACAUAAGAUCAUCCCUCCAAAGCAGCCUAAAGAAGGUAUGUGAUAUAAUUUACGAGCAUUUUCCCGAUGUAAUCCAAAUAAAUGACAGAACGGUUCAGUUUUGUGCCACUCAUUCGGAGGACUCGUUGAAGGAGGUGCUCUCGACUCACUAUGAGGAGAUGUGCAAAGAAGUAGAUGCACUGAACGAGACAUUGGAGAAGGUCCUACUGUUAAUGAAGCAGGACGCCCUCCCGCUGUGCACCCCAGCCCCCAGCGCAGCUGUUCCCCUCUCGUGCGAUGAGCCCAUCGAGUGUGUGGACAUAUAA